AUGGCGCACGUCCCACUAGGAAGUGGUCUUUGUGAUUUUCUCCGUAAUCGAAGUUUACUUUCAGAUUCAGACCUAAUAACUUUUUGUGUAGCUCAUGAACUUAAGUUUUCUAAAUGUGAAAUGUUACUUCCAACCGUUUCGCCCCUUUAAUCACCAAUCUUAUCUUGUAUGGUCCCUAGGUAUGCUAUGCCUACUUCCACUCUCAUCCUCAAGAUGAAGUUAGCUGAGUCAGAUAUCUUUCGAUGUAAUGUCUCAUUAAUUGAUCAAGUCUUCUUGGCUUUGCUGCAAUAGUUGCAAAGGUGAGGCGAGCUCUGGUUGGCAGCACUGGUGUCUAAAUGGCCGAAGCAGGCACCUCGUGUCUCAUUGCUCAAGAAUUAGACUCAACAGCCCUGAAUGAAUACAGUUUAGCUAUCUCGAGUGCUGAUAUUUACCUCGAUGCUGCAAACGGGGACGGCAAUGUCGAAAUGGACUUAGGAGAUCACAUAUCGACACCCACUCUAGAUGGGUUUUUUGAGGUCUCUGAAUCUUCGGUAGAUUUAAGUGGCGCAGGCGAUGCUGGUAUCCUGAUCGCAGGGGAUUUGACGUGUGAUGACCUCUCCAACUCCGCCACACUGGUUACAUUACCUGAUGGAUCGCCAGCAAUAUUGGUCGGGCAGCUCGAUCCAGGGGCUCCAGAAACAAAACUAGUGGAAACAGCGAUGCUCGAAACGUCUAUACUGCAACCAUCAUUUUUAAAAUUUAUAGAUCAUAAAAAGAGCAAAUCCAAAGAACGAAAAAUCGUUUAUGUUAAAUAUGACUCUAGUCCUAAAAAAGUCAAUUUAGUUAGUAAAGAAGUAGAAAAAGUUGUAGAUAGUGAGAAUGAUUUAGCAAGUCUGAUAAUUAAAAGUGGAAUUGCGGAUGAUCCAGCAACGACUCUUCUGUCCUCGAAUAAGACUGAUAAUUUAGAAACUCAAACUCAAGACCCUAGUGAGAAAUUCCUGUCUUCCAUUAAAGAGAGAACCAAGGAUAAAAGCAAGCGGGAUAGACCACCUCCGAACAAACAGUUCAUGUGCAGGCAUCUCGGCUGCGGGAAACAGUACUCAUCAUUCCAUCAUCUCAAAGUUCAUGAUCGUAGUCAUACCGGUGCGAAACCGUUUGAAUGCCCUAUAGAAGGAUGUGACCGAAGUUUUGCCACCAGCUAUAGCCGCAAAGCGCACAUACGAACACACACCGGAGAAAAACCAUACAAGUGUCCGGAACUAAAUUGCUCGAAGCGAUUUAAAACCUCUGGAGAUUUGCAAAAACACAUCCGAACGCACACUGGUGAGAAGCCAUUCCCAUGCACUGUGGAAGGGUGUACGCGCUCAUUCACGACUUCAAAUAUCCGUAAAGUUCACUUGAGAACGCACACCGGAGAGCGUCCAUACAUCUGCCCAGAACCUGGCUGUGAUAGAGCAUUUGCUUCGGCUACAAAUUUCAAAAACCACGCUCGCAUCCACUCUGGAGAAAAACCUUACGAGUGUCCUGUUCCUGAGUGCGGAAAAAAAUUUACAGAAUAUUCCUCCUUGUACAAACAUCAGUUAGUGCAUAAGCAAACUAAAUCGUAUCAAUGCGACUUGUGCAAUCGAAAGUACCGCCAAGCCUCCUCACUGGCGAUUCACAUGCGAGCCUCACAUAGUGUAGACGAUCCUGACGAACCUGCGGAGCUCAUUGUCAAUGAUAUAUUGGCCGUCAAAGAAGAUUCACAAUCCAAUGCUGAUAUGACAUUAGAAAAUUCUGAAACAUUUAUAAUUUCUGAGAACAAUGUGCAAUUAGUCGAGGAUGAAGAAUCGGAGUAUCAAGUCUUGCUACUUACAGACGAUCAACUUAAAACAUUCCUUGACAGUCAACAAUAAUUCUGAACAACUGCGCUGUUAAAGUUUAGCCUCGACCUUAAAAUCCAAUAAUUCACCAGAGUUCCAGAAGUGCAACUCAAUAAUCAGGUCACAAAUGUUUUACUUCAUCACAGGACAACCUUACAAAUCAUCCUCCCACUGUACUCCAUGAUAACGUGUAAAACUUGUGGUGACAAUUUUUUUAAAUAUUUUUUUGUAGUAUCCAAAGAGGUGUGUGUGUGUGCUGCUACUCAGGUGCGCACAGUCUAAUUUUUAUGUUCCCAGCAGUCACUUUCUCUGCCUAGUAACUUUUUAAAAUUGCCAGGAACAUACACUUAAGUUCCUUGCUGUAGCUGUUAAAGAAAAAUGUGCUCGAGCAGGAGUGCAAAAAAAGACAGCAAAAAACUGUGAUCACAUGUUAUAAAUGCCUUAAAAUAGUCCAAAAUCGUUGAUUAAGUAUUAUCAUUUGACAUAAUUGCUCUAAGAGCGAGUUGCUUGUCAAUGAACCAGGUACCGUCGAUUUUAUUUGACAAUCAGAUAAUGACGGCAACUCGGUUUGAGACUGUCCUCGACUGAAACUUUAGCUGCCCUCCGUCCACCGGUGCAUAGGUAUAUUGCGAUAUUACUCCACCUUGCUUCGCUGUAUUCACAUUUUUGGCGAUUUCGGCGAGCCAGCCACCUCCCGAACGGCCCUCGCAGGUGCUUUGUGAGGUGCUUGCAGGUGGUUUGAGACUGUCCUUGACUGAAACUUUAGCUGCCCUCCGUCCACCGGUGCAUAGGUAUACUGCUAUAUUACUCCACCUUGCUUCGCUGUAUUCACAUUUUUGGCGAUUUCGGCGAGCCAGCCACCUCCCGAACGGCCCUCGCAGGUGCUUUGUGAGGUGCUUGCAGGUGGUUUGAGACUGUCCUCGACUGAAACUUUAGCUGCCCUCCGUCCACCGCUGCAUAGGUAUAUUGCGAUAUUACUCCACCUUGCUUCGCUGUAUUCACAGUUUUGGCGAUUUCGGCGAGCCAGCCACCUCCCGAACGGCCCUCGCAGGUGCUUUGUGAGGUGCUUGCAGGUGGUUUGAGACUAUCCUCGAUUGAAACUUUAGCUGCCCUCCGUCCACCGGUGCAUAGGUAUAUUGCGAUAUUACUCCACCACCUCCCGAACCGCCCACGCAGGUGCUUUGUGAUAUAGCACCUGCAUGUGCUGUUCGCGAAGCGGCAGACGUGCACGCAGUGGAGAUGGCAGCCGUGGACGGAUACGAUGAAAGUCCCGCUGGAGAGGCGAGCCAGUAGUUUUGAAAUGGUUUCCGGAUCUCGAUGGGCAGCUCCAAGUCGAAAAAUGUCGUGAAUGACAUAUCUUCGAUCAGAACCUCCACCAAACCCGGAACGCCACAAGUCAAUAACUUCUUUCCUUGACCUACUAAAACUUUCAUACAUCGUUUCAACGUACCUGUUGCCAGGAUCCCCCAGUUCUGCACAUCUGAAGCCAGAUUCGUCAGUUCGCUCGUCAUCAGUUCCAGUGUCCAAGGGAGAGGUGCCAAGCCGCAUCCACUGAGGCACACCAGAUUCGUCAACAACAGGAUCCACUCGUUCGUCUUCGCCUUCUUCCUCAAUUUCUCUUUCUCCUUGUCUGCCUUGUACUCCUUUUCCUCGUCCAUCAAUGCCUGUGUGCUCGGUGCUUCCUCCAUCCAGUCCUGCUUCUCCCUCGGUUCCGGAGAAGGGGUCGGAGAGAGGUCCAGGACUAACCUCUCCUCCUUGUCUUCCUUCUCCGUCCGAGGAGACGUACAUUUCCUCUUCGCAGAAGAGGAGCUCUUCAAUUGAGUUGUCGGAUUCUGAGGACGACUCGGCGAGGAGCUCCUCUUUACUCCGCCGCUCGACUUCGGCUUCCCACUCAGCUUGGAGAAACACUUUCUUAGAAGGGAGGAAGUAGAAUGGUUAUGGGGGAUGUGGCCAAUGUGUAGCCUUACAGGUUUUCCGGAGCCGGGUCCUCUGUUCCAUGAAGGUCGGCACCGGAAGGUGGUACCCCAUCAGGAGGUGGGCCAUUGCCGGUGGGACGUGGAGGGAUGCCCAGGAGAGCGCAAAUCGGGCAAAAGGAAUGGCCCAGAUUGUUUUAACCCAAGCGAGCGUACUCUGGAAGCACGUUUGAGGACGAAACCAACCUUCGCGAGGUCCUUGUCCCUCCAAAUUUCGAUGAUAGAGGCCCCAUCUUGAGUCAUCUGUGGUGGGAGGACCGCUGGGGCUCUGUUCUCAUCUGUCGAAAAAUCUUGCGAGAGGUGUGACCGCCGAGCUCAUGAUCAUUCCUAGGAUUGUCUCCCCUUUGUGUUGCCUCUGUCCGCUUUGUUGUCCGAUGAUGUCGUCCGCGCCACCUUCUUCUCGGUCCCUUCUAUUUCUGAUAUUUCUUUCGCCUUCCGAUCCAAUAUGCGCUUGAUUGUCUGCAAGUCCGGAUCCAGCGGCGAGUUGAAGUGUACGAGCGCCCUCGUCCUCGCGUUGCGCCACCAGUUCAGGCGAUCCUCGUUGACCACUUCGGCGAAGGGGUACAGCUCGAUCUUCACGACCUCGUACCCAAUCUCCCCCGGAGUGGUUAACCUUAAUGAUGUACCUCGUUCCUGAUGAGAGAUAUAUUGUGAUAUUACGCCAUCUCUGGUAAGUGAUGUUUCUAGUGCUAACGCUUGUUCGAGCCACCCACCUUCCGAACCGGCUGCGGAUGACUUUUGUGAUGUAACAUCUGCACGUCGAGUUGAGGUAGUCGCACGUGUGACAGACGUGGAUAUGGUUUCCGUGGGCUCCGACGAUGUAUGUUCCCGUUCUAAGCCGAGCCAAGAGUCGCAGACAUAAUUCUUCACCGCCUCGUCCAACACAAUUUGAGUAAACGUCGUGCAAAAGGGCUCUUUUUCCAUCAAUGUCUCUAAAUCCGUCCACCCACAUGAGCGUAGCGAGAUGCCUUGCUUUUUCAGAUUCUUCAUCCGUAACUCCCACGCUCUCAUGAUUUUCAACAGAUCCUUCUGAACUGGAUCGGCAAGAUCUGAAUAGAACAUCGGGUGUAGCAUCAUCCGACGAAACUCGUCGAUAACUCUCGGCAGGGGAGCGAGCCCCUCGUCCGCGAACGUCCAUGGUCAUAGGCUAAAACAUGUUAAGUGUGCCUGCGAGGUUGGGGUGGGUCAAAUUCCUCAAGAGAAGGAUCCACUCGUUCUUCUGGGCCAUCUUCUUCAGUCUCUCCUUCUCCUUGUUCUCCAGGUAGCUGUUCUCCUCUUGCUCCUGCUUUCUCGGUUCCGGCGAAGGGGUGGGACUCAGGUCGUGGACUACCUGAGAUUCCUUUGCCGUCGUCCUAGGAGAACUGCAUCUCCUCUUCGCAGAGGUGCUCCUCCAGGGAGACGUCUGAUCCGUAGUCGGAAUCUCGGAGGAGCUCUUCUUUGCACCGGCGUUCGACUUCCCUUUCCCACUCUUCCUGGCAAAAUACUCCGUUAUCGUCACUUUCUUCCGUUGUGUCCCGGAAGUGGAGGGCGUUGACAUGAGGUUUUUCAUCACAGCGUUCUAACAAGUCGGAGCACUGUUUCACGAGGGGCAAUUCCGUGAGGGUUUCGAUACUGUUGAAAGUCACUGGAGAGCACAGAAGUGACACUACAAUACACUCGACCGGUGAAGACAUUAUGUUUAUCCUACUUGCACUGACAGAGAUCAUUUUCUCUGAAAGGUCAUUCAUUAUUUCCUCCUCUGGCAUGGAGGGUGGGAGACCCUUACAAAAAACCUUGAUGUUUCUAGUAUUUUUAUUCGAUAGGGAAUACCACUGAAUAUGUUUUCAUUUAGUUUAUCUGAGAUGGCUCUGUAGGAGUCAUUGUUCGUAGGAUUGAUUUUCCAGGUUUCAUUGCCUUGGAAUCUGAUGAUAUAAUUUUCCUCAUCAGAGGUUUCUUUUAGAAGCUGUUUAACAUUUUCAUAUUCCUUAAUUCCAAAUAUUCUUAAGUGAGGGGGGGGGGGAGAAGGGACGGUAUUGGCAUCUACUGAUGAUUGACUAUUGAGCCAUACCAAUACUCUUCAUUUUUUUACACACUCAUAAACAAAAAAAUGAUCCCAUCUUGCUGCGUUGAACUUUUUUUUUGUAUACUGCUCGAACACGGCGUCCUCUGGAUCGCUCUCAGAGUCUGUUCGAGGUUCCGCAGUUACAGGUGCUCUUUUGGUACUUGCAGAUGUGGACGGCAUGUACGUGUCGUCCAUGUGUAGCGACGAUUGAAUUGGUUGUCUUUUGGGUGGGGUCGUGUAAAAACGUAUAAACGCCCGUUUCAUCCCUACGCCAAUUUCCAGUGUAGUAUAAUUCUCCUGGACUUAACCGUAGUAGGACAAUUCUCUCGUUGUCAUGUGCGGAAAGAAAGACUCCAUGCCAAUCAUCUUUAAUUGCAUUGGAGAAAAGUUCUCUUUUAUUAUCUUUUUCAACAGAAGAGUUACUACAGUCCACUUGUAUUCCAUUUGGUUGUCCUCUUGGGGGUUUUUUCCAUCCAUUCGCUCAUAUCGGUCAUUGUUCUCAUUAAUGGAGCCAGUCCGAGAUCCGUUAGUUCCGUCGUUUCUUGAAUCAGAAGUGUCAACAGGCACCCUUGAAGUUCGUCCAAAGAUACAUGGGAAACUUUCUUCGGGGGUGGUUCUGACACGAACUCCUCCUCUAAAUAAUUUUGGGUGUUCGGAGGAGGAGUCGGUUCUUUCUCGGCAUGGACUUUGGCUUCUACUUCGAUCACGUCGUCUUCCCAAUAGUUCAUCCCAAUAACAGUAUGUUCUCUGCACCCUCGAUCCUACUCGGUGUGGUCGCGGAGAUGUAGGUCGUACUUCUGGGGAGCUAUUUAGUCUUAGACGGGCGGUGAUCGAUGUCCCAAUCUUGAGAGUUGGUGGGUAUGAGGUCUGGGAAGAGUAGGUGAAGGUGUUUAGCCCUCUCCUAGUAGAGUAGGACGGAGUUAGGUCCUACGCGUUUCACGAAGUGUGAAGAGCAAGUAAAAAUCUAUGGGGGGGGGGGGGAAUGGUGAGAAAAAAAUAUAAAAAUCGGAAAAUAUGAUAAAAAUGGGGUAUAAUGUAAAUAUGUGGCAAAGGAAAUGGACAAAAAUCUGUCCAGAAGCCGGGGGAUUGCGCAGCCUCGCGCUCGAGUUGAAAGUUUCCUCUUUAAAUAAACUGUAAACAAUUUGACAAGGUAGAAGAAACUUUAUAUUCCGGAAUCAAAUUACAGAUUUUAAUAAGUUGAUCCGGACUAUUCGUUAGAAGAAUGAGAGUAAAACAAAAGUGAUAAUAAUUCGAUGAUAAUUCCUACUUCAUUAAAAACUUCAUAAAGAACUAAUGAGCAUCUUUACAAUGGUGUUCAGAGUUUUUAUAGGAUGAGAAUCACAGAUAACAAUUGGGUGAUGACUUAUUCGGAUGAUGAAAUAAAUAAGGAAAAUUUAGUAACAUGAAUUUUAGCGAGACGUAUGAGGCGGAUCAUGUUCUUAAGAUAGCCGUCUAGGAUUUUGACAAUAUAAUCCCUUAAUAUUUGGCGAAGCAAAUUGGCGACGCAAAUAUCUUAUAAGAUAAGUGUAACGCAGUGUUGCCAAAUUACAGCUAUUUAUGACUAUCGCGUUCGCGGACCGCGGUUCCCCCCGACCCCACGCUGAAAGCGCUUGAGUCGCCGGCCGUCUAAUUGUCUUCAGACGGGACCGGCGACCCCCGGAUGAAGUCGAUGGGGCAUCCCAAAAUGAGGGGGGAGAGUUGGCACGAUUCUGCGGCGGGUAUGUCGCGGGCGGGUCGGUCGCAGGCGGGUAGGUCGCGGCGAAGCUCGCCGGAGCUGAAUGCGGGGUAUUCAGCAACGGGACGAUGGCGGGAACCGAAUGCGGCCUCGCUAGGCCUGCCGACGGUGCCGCCGGGGGGUCGAACAGGGCCCCCCUGUCGCACCCUCCAGUCCCCCUCGCCGUCCGGUGAUGAGAAAGAUCGGUAUAAACCGAAGAGGCGGCGGGGGAGGCUGGAGGGGGACCGGGCGCGCAAGGGUUGAGGGUUGAGCCGUUGGAGUAGAGAGCGGCGGGGGUGGACCGCGAGGGCCCAAAUAAGUGGAUCUACUCAAUAAUUGGUUACCUGGAGGUUAGAUAUAAGCAUGGCUGGAGAUUUGAAAGUGAUUAUAAUAAACAUUUUUACCCUUUCUAAAGCCAUAUUGGAAGGGCGAAAGUUUGUGACUUUUUUCGAGAAAGUACUCUAAACGGUUAAGAAUUAUUCUCUCAAAAAGUUUUCUGUAUGCUGAAAUAAUUCCAAUAGGUCUGGAGGAAGAGGCCAAUUGAGGGUCUUUAUCUUUCUUAAGACUGGUGAAAAUUUUAACAUUUUUCCAGGAUUCAGGGAUCUUUCUAGUAAUUAGGAUAGGGGGGAUUAGGGGUUUUAGGUUAGAUUUGCAGCCUUCACUUGCCAGUAAGCUGUCCUCUUUAACAUUGUUGGAAAGUGAACACAUUCAUCAGUCAGAAUGUAACUUAAGUGUGAACUAAACGGUGAGUGUUGCAUUGAAGAACCUGCGGAUCCUUUUUAUCAGGCAUCUACGGAAACAGUUGGUACUCUCGACCAUAUUUGUUAAUACAGUGGAAAUGGAUUUAGUUGCAAUUCAGCCUAGGGUCCUAAAGAGUAGGUAUCUUGGUUACUUACUUCUAAGGCGACAAGCACCGCCUUCAUCAAAGCGGCUUACCACAAACUUAGUUGAAAUCUUUGGUAGGGGUUUUUUUUGUGGGGGGGGGGGUGUUUGAUUUUUAGUGGACGUGUUUUUGCCCUUAAUUUCAAAAUCACUUGAAUUAAAGAAUUGGUCAGCUGAAAGAUCUAACUUAAUAAUACCUCCACCAAGAGUGUUGAUUAACGAACCCACGAAAGUGGGUCAUGUUCAUCUUCAGUUUUUGGCACAAUUUUACGUCCACACACUUGUCAAUGUCUAUUUUUUGAACCUCGGACUUGCCACAAAACCUAUCUCCGAGGUUCGUUGCAGGGAUAUAGUAUAUAUAUUAGUAUUACAUAGGCAUAAAGUAAUUAACACGCAGUAAACAUUGUGCACCGACUUCACGUGAGUAAUAAUUGUAAGGGUCCGGCCCAAGAACUUACAAUUAAAGGAGAGACUAAAUGGGUAAGCCAGCGAGGGUUGAUGCACUGACCCGCGUUGACUAUAACUACCUCAGAUUACAAUGCUACGCAUUCUUCGAGAUGAAUGAAUGCUGGGAUCUCAACUCUCCAGGGAGGAGAACCUGAAGAUUUGCCGUCUUUUGUUAUGUGAUGGCCACCCUUAUAAGGGAAAUUCCCAACUAGGGAAAGGUCACCCUUCCUUCAGAGAUGGAUUCGAUUCUCUAUAAGAAGUAAUUUUAUAAAAUUUAUGAUUUACUCUUAUAAAGAAUCAACUCGAUCACUGGAGGAGCGAUUGAUGAGAUGUACUUGACGAAAUACUUCGAGAUUUACCCUUUGAGUGAAAAACAAAGUAUUUAGACAACUGCAAAUGCUAAAACAGAGUGGGAGAGCAAAUUAGCAAACUGAUGAAAAAUAAAAUUUAAACAUUCAUGCUUUUUACGAUAGGGAUUUUGAUGCAAGUUAAUAAAGACAAAGAAGUCUGGCGUUUCACAAUUUUUUAAAUGGAAAAUUUUAAGAAUUUUGAAGAAAUGAAAAAUUGAGAUUAAUAGCUCAUUUAAAAUUAUUAAAGUCGUCUAAAAAUGAAAUGAUUCCAGAGAGGAUAAAGAAAAGUCUUUCGACGAUUCACCACAGUUGUCCGGGGUUUCCAAGUUCCAAAAAUCGUAAGUCCAGAAUCCAAAAUAACGCCAAGUCGAAAACGAGAGAGAGCAGUAGGAGCUGGGUCUGAGGUAGGCAAGAGAGUGAGAUCCCGCCAGGCCGAGGCUCCCGGCAGGAAUACCAGAUCGGACCUCGAUAAAAAGGCGCGUUCGAGUUCUUGAAGUUUAUCAAAAAAGUCGUUAUUACGAGAGACAGAAAAUGAAUGUAAUGAGCGCAAUUAAGAUAAAGAGUUUAGCUCUUAUCUAAAUAUCUCAGUUAGACAAAUAUUGUGCGGAGACGUCUGAUCCGUAGUCGGAAUCUCGGAUGAGCUCUUCUUUGCUCCGGCGUACGACUUCCCUUUCCCACUCUUCCUGGCAAAAUACUCCGUUAUCGUCACUUUCUUCCGUUGUGUCUCAGAAGUUGAGGGCGUCGACAUGAGGUUGUCCAUCGCAACGUCCUAACAAAACGGAGCACUUUUUCGGCGAUUCCGCGAGGGUUUCGGCACUGUUGAAAGUCACUGAUGAGCACGGAGGCGACACUACAAUCCACUCGAUAGGUGAAGACAUUAUGAUUAUCCUACCUGCACUGACCGAGAUCGAUUUACAGUACCGAAAUGACAAUUUCAUUUUGCCUCUUGAUCACUUCUUUGAAUGUAUAUCACUUGCUUCAAAUAAUUUUUUUAACGCCUUACCUCAAAGUUCAUCGCCCCUUUUCCCAAGUAUCGAUUUCCAUGUUUUAGUUAUUUUCCGGCUGCUUUUUUAUUAUUUCCUGGUCUUUUCCCUGUUUUUUAAACACUUUGACCCUCUUACUGAAACAGUACAGUACUAGGGCCUGUGUCCUCCUGUCGCAUAUCUCCUUCAAAAUAACCAGGUCCUGGUCGGACAGGUCUAGGUGGAACAGAGUCCUCCACUCCGCGUCUAUCCACCAAUUGUACGGUUUCUGCUGCACUAUUUUGUGAAAGGAAACUAGACAAAAGAACUAGAGAAAAGGUCUAGGGAACUCUAGACCUAUUGUGUGGAGGGAGGACAGUGCUUAUACUAUAUUAAAAUACCCUCUCUAGGGGUUGCCCUUUAAUAUAACAAUAUUAAAAAGUUACGCCUUUUUUUUAAAACAAAAAUGAACACUAAAUUUGAGCUCGACUUAAGUAAGCUAAAAUCCAAUGGUAUGAAAAUAACAUGGAAUAAUUCUAAGAUUCUAAUUAUCCAAAUGAUCACGGCACAAGUGCUCUAAAUAACGACGUGUGUCAUCCCGGAGAUAGAACACCGCAAGUCCAUCUGCAUGAGGGUUUAAAACGCAGUUAAAGCAGCUAAGAAGCGCCGCGCGGAGGACAAGAAGGACCUCCCACCACCCGCGCCCGGUUCCUCGGUUUUAUCUCGAGGCGGACUGAGGUGUGACCAAAAUCACCCUUCGACGCAAACUUUAAUUGGCGCCCGUCCACGGCAGCAUAGGUAUACUGCGGAAGCACACCACCUGCUUUCUUUAAAGUCACGUUGCGGGCCAUUUCAGCUAGCAAUCCACCUCCCGAACUUUUCACAUAGCCGUUUUGUGAUGUAACACCUGCAUGUUGAGUUUGAGAAGCGUAAUAAUAGCUUUAAAAAGUAAAAUUUGCUAUCCUAGGCAUUUCCUCUGAGAUUUUUUUUCGUUCUUUUCUUCUUUUUACGAAGAUGAAGACUUACAAUUUUUAUAACAAUGUGCUCACAAGUUUUGACAGAGAAGUGUGAUGCACAUGCAUAUUUGUGCGCAGUUAUCCUGCUGCAUUGCUCGGUAAUAAUCUCAAUUUGGUUUGUUUUUUUAGACACAUUGACUUUGGCCGCUGCCUAAGUAGAAAAAUUGAAUUUUAAAAGACGUAAAUCGAUUUUUUGAUAAUUUGGAUCGUAUUUGGCAAAGAAGAGACGAUUUCAGUUUUUUUUUGAAUCGAACAACUUUAUGGGCCCAAAAAUAUUUUUAAAAAAUAACAUUUGCUAUCCAAGGCAUUUGCUCUGAGAUUUUUUUUCGUUCUUUUCUUUUUUUACGAAGAUGAAGACUUACAAUUGUUAUAACAAUGUGAUCACAAGUUUUGACAGAGAAGUGUGAUACACACAUGCAUAUUUGUGCACAGUUAUCUUGCUGCAUUGCUCGGCAUCAUACCUCGAGAAUGUAUUCGCCUAAAGUGUGACUUUUUCACAUCUGCACCUGAUAGCUCCCCCUCCACUACUAUGACACCAUAUGACGAAAA